AAGUAAAAGAAAGAGAAAAAGAAAAAGAAAAACCCCUUCGAAAUAAUAUUCCAUAAUUAAAAAGAAAAUUUUAGCUUAAAAUUUCCAUUCCUUCUCUCCCAUGGCGAUGAUCCAUUGAAGAUCAGUGUUUCUCCUUAACGAAGUUGAAAUUCAUCUCGAGUUUAGCCACGAUUUCCAACAUUGAAGACCCUAACAACACCCCUUUUCUUUCCUCUACCGUCUCUUCCGUUGAAGAACCAAUGGCCGUUCCCGUGGUUCAGUUCCCGAUCUUCUUGGCUGUCAGAGUCCUCGGAAUGCUUGUGGCAGCUCUUCUUUUCAUUUGGACCUUGCAUUUCCGUGGAGGAUUGGCACUUAUCUCAGACAACAAGGAUCAUAUCUUCAAUGUCCAUCCUGUUCUUAUGGUGACUGGACUUAUUCUUCUAAAUGGUGAAGCAAUGUUAGCAUACAAGACAGUUUCAGGAACCAAAAACUUCAAAAAACUAGUUCAUCUCACUCUCCAAUUUGUUGCAUUCUUUUUAAGCCUAAUUGGCAUAUGGGCUGCCCUGAAGUUCCACAACGACAAAGGAAUCGACAACUUUUACAGUUUACAUUCAUGGUUGGGCUUAGUUUCUAUCUUUCUAUUUGGCAUCCAGUGGUCUGCAGGUUUUGUAACCUUUUGGUACCCAGGUGGGUCUAGAAACAGCAGAGCUACUCUAUUGCCAUGGCAUGUUUUCUUUGGCGUUUACAUAUAUGGCCUUUCCAUUGCUACAACCGUAACUGGAUUGUUGGAAAAAGCUACAUUCCUUCAAACUAGUAAGGUAAUUUUACGUUAUUCGAACGAGGCUUUGCUGAUAAAUUCAUUGGGUGUCCUCAUUGUUCUCUUGGGAGGUCUCGUAAUUUUGGCGGUUAUCGCUCCAUCGAACGCUAAAGGUGAUAUUGACAGAGGGCUAGCAGAAUAGGAUGAAAACAGUAUUCUGCUUCGAAACGGAACACGUAUUUGUACUCUCUAUGGACUUUAACGAGACAAAUCUUACUUGUCGUAAGCAUAUCAUUAAUCAAAAUCAACACUUGAAUUUAUUUCAA